GGAAACACUAAAAGAAACAAAAAAGCUAUUAGAAAUUGUUGUUACAACUCCUAUGUCAACUUUUCUUCGUAAUACUAUGACCCAGGAUCGCCUUACAGCGUUGUCGAUGCUGUUCAUUGAAAAGGAAUUUAUUUCAACCAUGGAAAAUUUCAACGGGAAGGUGAUCAACAAAUUUGCUGCCAAGAAGGAGCGCAGGAUCGAACUGACAUAAAAAAUCAGUAAGUUCGGAUUUGCAGAACACCUGUUUUAUUUUGCCAUGAGCCACCACUGCCUAAAUCAAUUUGCAAAGGUUUCAGUUUCUUAUAAAACACAUAGAAGUUA